AUGGCCGCCACCAAGCAGGAACAGCCCCGUACCGGCCUCACGGUCGGUCUCAACAAGGGCCAUAAAACCACUCCCCGCGUCGUCAAGCCCCGCGUUAGCCGCACCAAGGGCCACCUGAGCAAGCGCACUGCUUUCGUCCGCGAGAUUGUCAAGGAGGUUGCUGGCCUCGCUCCCUAUGAGCGCCGCAUUGUCGAACUCCUCCGCAACUCCAAGGACAAGCGCGCCCGCAAGCUGGCCAAGAAGAGACUCGGUACUUUCGGCCGUGCCAAGGCCAAGGUCGAUGAGCUCCAGAGGCUGAACAUUGAAGGGGCAAAGGGAUGCGCAGUUUGUCGUCAUGAGUAUUUACUUAUGUCUGGUCCCUACCUAGAUAAGCUGAAAAUCUUUGAGGAGGUUUUGGAACGUGAAAUUUCUCAGGACGCGAACAUCGCCGCUAUCGUUAUCGCCAUUAAACAACUUGGACUUUUUGUCAGGUUGGUUGCCUGGCACCUGGGUUCUUUGUCGCCAAGCGUCUUUUGGCCCCCCGCCUCUCCUUGUCAUCUUUGGCCAAACACCCGCUCACCUUUCGUUCACCCUGCGUUCAGCAGCUCAUCAAUUCUGAACCACCUUCAUCCCUCUUCAUCGUUCACCUACUGGUGUCUUGCCCAGGCUCUGGUACUGCUAGCACUGUCUGUAGCCAUGGGUAGAAUCACCAGGUCUGCCACCUCUGGCACCGGUGCUGGAGCACCUGCGCCAAUCCCGGCGCCUAAGAAGCCCCGCGGUCGUCCCAGCAAGGCAUCUGUCGCGAGCAGCAGUGUGUCGCUGUCUUCUGCGCCGACUCCCACAAACUACUCCUCAGGAAGCGACUACUCAACCCCCAUGACAAGCACCGUCGCCACCCCGGCUGCCACCGAGCUGAAGGGCAAGGCAGCUACUUCUGCCUCAAUGGAGAUUGUGCUGCCGUCCAUCAAGUCUGAGGCUGAGGCCCCGAAGGACAGCAUUCGAACCCUGAGGAAGAGCAAGUUCUCUCUUGUUCCCGCUUCAAAGCGCAAGCGGCUCGAUGUAUCUGGCGAGAGCGAUGAUGAAGACAUGGAUUCCGACGACACACCCGACGCGAGACUGGCUCGAAAGCUUCAGGAGGAAGAGUACAAUAACGCAGCCCCCAGCAGCAUGGCAUCCAGCAGCCGAGCCCUGCUGCCCAUGCACACCAGAGCCAAGCCUGUGAUCGCAGCCGCGUCGCCAUUUGAUCAUGUCAAUUCAGAUCUUGAUGACUAUGAUGACCUCGAGGACGCCAUCCCACAGGGCAAGGGCAAAGGCAAGCUCCUUCCCUCGCGACCCAAGAAGCGUUCCAAGGUGUUUCUUACUGUCUCUGAUGUCGAGAACGAGUCGAAAGGCUCUUUUCUCAAGGAGGAAGACGAGGAUACCGACGAAGAUGUUCCGCUCGCCAAGUCGAGGCGAUCUACUCGCCCCACUUCAAAGGACAAAGGCAAGGGCAAGGCGCUCGUUGACGACACCGAUCGUGAGAGCGAUGGUGACUGGUAUGCCGGCGACGCCGAUAGCGACGGCGAUGAUGACGACGGUGAUGAUGCCGUCUAUGUCCCCCCUGGCGUUAAGCAGAGGCCUACUGCAUCCAGGACGAGCAAUGCCACACCUGAUAGCGACGGCGAUAGUGACUCUGCCCUCGAGCCCGACACGACGGAGUCAGACACUAGCAGUGCUGUCGUUGUUUCUCGCCCUGUUGCCAGUGGUUCUGCUUCCCGUGUUCUUCGCCCUCGUGUUCGCGUUCCUCGCCGUGGCCGUUCAGGGCUUACCCGCGCUGAGAAGCAAGAGAGGGAUCGAGAGCUUCUCGAGGAGCAACACCCUGUUCUCAGAACUCUGUGGAUAGACCUCGAAGCGCUUCCUAUUCAGAAGGCCGGACGAGCCAACCAGCCUCAAACUAUUUCGAGACAACUGAAGCCCUUUCAGCUCGAGGGUCUUGCCUGGAUGAUGGCAAUGGAGAAGACCGCUUGGAAGGGCGGCCUCCUGGGCGAUGAGAUGGGUCUGGGAAAGACUAUCCAGGCUGUUUCCUUGAUCAUGUCGGACUACCCCGCCAAGAAGCCCAGUCUUGUUCUUGCACCGCCGGUUGCCCUCAUGCAGUGGACUUCAGAGAUUGAGUCAUACACUGAUGGAACCCUCAAGACCAUCGUGUAUCAUGGUACCAACUCCAAGUGCAAAGGCUUGACUGUCAAUGCCCUCAAGAAGUUCGACGUGAUCAUCAUGUCUUACAACAGCCUCGAGUCCAUGUACCGCAAGCAGGAGAAGGGCUUCGCGAGGAAGGAGGGUGUCUACAAGGAGAAGAGCAUCAUCCAUCAGAGUCACUUCCACCGUGUCAUCCUGGAUGAGGCUCACUGCAUCAAGACCCGAAGCACCGCGACAGCCAAAGCCUGUUUUUCUUUGAAGGCAGACUUUCGCUGGUGCCUAUCCGGCACUCCGCUGCAGAACCGGAUCGGCGAAUUCUUCUCUCUUGUCCGAUUCCUCGAAAUCCAUCCGUUUGCAAAUUACUUGUGCCGUGAUUGCGACUGCUCUUGCAUGGAGUGGGUCAUGAACGACGAAAACCGCUGCCAGGAUUGCGGUCACUUUUCCAUGCGGCAUGUCUCGGUCUUCAACCAGGAGCUUCUGAAUCCCAUUUCACGCUUCGGAAACCGUGGUCCCGGAGCUGAAGCAUUCAAGAAGCUCCGUCUUUUGACUGAUCGCAUGAUGCUUCGUCGUCUCAAGAAAGACCAUACCAAUGCCAUGGAACUUCCCGUCAAGGAGAUCAUUAUUGAUCGCCAGUUCUUCGGCGAAGAAGAGAACGACUUUGCCAACAGCAUUAUGACGAACGGCCAGCGCGAGUUUGACACGUAUGUUGCCCAAGGCGUCCUUCUCAACAACUAUGCCAACAUCUUCGGAUUGAUCAUGCAGAUGCGUCAAGUCGCAGACCAUCCCGAUCUUAUCCUCAAGAAGAACAGCGAGGGUGGCCAGAACGUGCUUGUCUGCUGCAUCUGCGACGAACCAGCUGAAGAGGCGAUUCGCUCCCGAUGCAAACAUGACUUCUGCCGUGCCUGUGCCCGGGCCUACCUUCUGUCUGCUGAGCAGCCCGAUUGCCCGUGCUGCCACAUCCCUCUGGCGAUCGACUUGGAGCAGCCAGAGAUGGAACAGGAUGAGGCUCUCGUCAAGAAGUCAUCCAUCAUCAACCGCAUCAAGAUGGAGAACUGGACCUCAUCGUCCAAGAUUGAGCUUCUUGUCCACGACCUUCACCGCCUGCGCUCCGACAACGCCACACACAAGUCGAUCAUCUUCUCGCAGUUCACCACGAUGCUGCAGCUCAUCGAGUGGCGCCUGCGACGUGCUGGUAUCACGACCGUGAUGCUGGACGGCAGCAUGACUCCGGCGCAGCGCCAGGCGUCCAUCGACCACUUCAUGAACAAUGUCGAUGUCGAGUGCUUCCUCGUGUCUCUCAAGGCGGGAGGUGUUGCCUUGAACCUCACGGAGGCUUCGAGGGUCUUCAUCGUUGAUCCCUGGUGGAAUCCCGCCGCCGAGUGGCAGUCUGCCGACCGUUGCCACCGCAUUGGACAGACCCGCCCCUGCAAGAUCAUCCGUCUCUGCAUCGAGGACUCUGUCGAGAGCCGAAUGGUUCUUCUCCAGGAGAAGAAGACCAAGAUGAUCAACUCCACAAUCAACUCGGAUGAUAGUGCUAUUGAAUCUCUCACCCCGGCUGAUCUGCAGUUCCUCUUCCGAGGCUCUUGA